CGCGGAAGCAAAUUCAAUCCAUGAAAUGAAUGUGACUUUGACCUUCCCAGGUAAAAGUUCAUCACAAUCAUUUCAAUUCUUCUUCAACGUUACGGACCAAGAAAUAUUCGAGAUACCCGAUUGUAUUAAACUCAUGGAAGCAUGUCCGUCCGUAACAGCCAGCACUAAACUAUAUCUAAAAAUGCACACUGAGUCUGAUAAAUCUUACGGCCGUAUGCUAGUGGAGAUGCCAAUGCCCACAGAAUCUGCCGGGCAGGCCUUCAUGUUGUGUUCCUUUGGAGAAAUAAUAGAGGGACGUGGUGUGUCUUCUCGAAGGAACACAAUAAUUACAAGGCGAGAUGACGGAAUGAUCGGGAAAGUACAUGACGAAUUUACUACUUUGAUUGACUCCUCCGUGCAUAAUGGAAAAGUUAAUUCUCACCAUGUCAAGCUGGUUAUGAUUGUGACUUAUAUUAACGACAGUUUACAUAUCAAUAAUUCUCCGCUGCAUUUUGAAGCCAGUAUCGUCAGUAACAACGUAACAGUAUGGAGAGGGAAAAUACCAAUACAUCGACCAGCUAUCGAGUAUUAUCCCGAUUUUAUAGUUCUGACAGAAAUCACAAAAGCUGCUGACGUCAAUCCCAGCAACCUUGCGUACCUCUACAGUCAAAAUGGUUCUUACUACCAUCGCGAGGCAGUAGUGUGGAAUAAAGGCAGUGAUGUGUACAGGCUUGAGUUUCCUAAAGUCAUCGCCUAUUUCUCCUUUUCGGCAAGUCCUUGCGAUGUGAUAUGUGGCGUUACCGCUGUAUGGUCACCACUGUUGGAUUACGUUACCAUUGUAAAUGAUGAUAACAAGGUCAUGUUGAGGAUGUUACCAUAUGCCCUGGACCAGGACAUAAACACGUGCUUUGAUCUUCCCGUCCCAGGAGAUUUCCCCUCAAUGCUGUGGCUUAGGAUUAAAAACAUGAGUCUGUUCGGUGUGACGUCACAGAAAUUUGUAGUUCAUGCUAUAGGUGAAGGCAUAGAGUGUACACGUAUUGGACAAAAAAGUAUACAAGUCGGAACCUCCAAACCCGCCGAUAGUAACAACGGCAGCAUCGACUCCUAUGUAGAAUUUUGUAAGAUCGUGUCUCAUAAUUCUGCUGCAACCAUCACCUACUGUGAUAUAGAAUGUGUUUGUAACAAUUGUUCCUAUGUUGAUAUUGUCAUGCAGAGUGCAAACACUAAACCCUGGAGGCUAUGUGAACUCACCCCUGAGGAUGUGAUACAAUCAAAACGACAGGAAUCUUGAACUGCAUACUAUGCGAUAACAUAUUUUUGUAUAACACCAGACGGGAUUGUACAUAUCAAAGGAACCUAAUAAAGCACUUUAAACAUCUGAUAA